GCACACAGAGACAGUGAGGCUCAGACGGGUGCAGGCAGCGAGCAGAAUCACAGAUUAACAAUGGCAUGUUCUUCAUCCAGCCAGGUUUCAUGUCAAGAAAGUAACAUGGAACAACCUGAACAAUCUGAAGUGUUUGAAUAUGUGGAGAUUCAACCACAAGAGGAAACAGAAGACCUCCUGAAGGAACUGAAGGACCUGGAGCCUGAUGAAGACUUGCACAAGAAUCUACAACAAGUGGCAGAUGACUAUCAACAAAACAACAUACCUGCCACUAACCUGAAUGAGCUAAUAAAAGCCCUAAGCACCACUCUGAGACAAAAAAAAUCCUCACAACCUCAACAAAAAGAUAAUUCCUGGCGGUUGCCUGGUCAUUGGUUGUCUGGACAAAAAAAAGCCAAAGUCUAUGUUGAAGUAGCUGCUAAAACAUUUGGUGCUGAUGAAGAGAUCCUGAAGAAGAUCAGUGUAGAAAAGUGUUCAGAUCCAGCAGACUGUGAUGUGGUGCUGCUCUUCUGUCCCGUCACUACCCGUGUCGGAUCAGACGUGGAUGAUGCCAUGAGGAAUAUCUCAGGGAGAGCAAAUGGGAAAAAGGUGGUUUUAGUGGUGAUGCAUCAUUCAAGAGAAGACAUUUCUCUCUCCCAAUGCCAGCAGCACCCUGAACAUCAGAACAUCAUUAAAUAUGUUGAUGUUGUCUACCAUCAAACCAAGAAAGGGUUAAUAAAAUGUGCAAGAAAUGAUAAAGCCACAAACGAUUUAAAAGAAUUCUGCCAGAAUUUAGCAACAUAAAAUGAAUUCAUGUGGACAACCUAAUGAUUAUAUAUAGACAUUUUGUUAUAGCAGGAGUAUUAGGCAAAAUGAACUUUUUGGAGCUUAGAGUUUUGACACGUUAUAAUGUUGUUCCCUCAUCAAAAACAUGCCUGAAGAGGUUUGAAACGUCAUCCAUGCAUGUCCAAUCUAGGGAUCUCUCCCGAGCACCAUGAACUCUCAGUAUUUCAUAAAAAUACAAUGAUGCAAUGUGCAGUUAUGUGCAAUUAAACUUACAGCAUUUUCAAAAUAAUAAAAGUUAACACUGAGAUCUGA